CCGACCAGCGGGCCUCCCUCCGCACUCAGGCCGAGCAGAGCUUCACCCGAUCCCGCAGCAGAGAUGAACCCAACCGCGAUCAGCCUCCUGUGUGACGGAACAAGCCCGGUUCUCUACAGAACCGAGAAAGAGGCGAAGCUGCCCCGGACGGAGCGGCCGGAACGCGGCCUGGAGGGACUGCAGUCCGCUAAAGGAGCCUCCAUGGGCGGCGGGUCUCUGCCCGACUCCCCGCGGGCGGACGUAGACAUCAUCCAGGACUUUAGCUGCCGCUGCCCGGGCGCGCUGGAGGGGGAGACCCUCCGCCUGAUGGUGGAGUUUUACCGCGGGUACCUGGGCCAGAAGCCCCGGGAGCAGAGCCCGGCCCUGCGGACCAUGAGCCGGGUGGUGGCGGGGGUCGUCCUCAAACACGGGAUCGCCUACAACGGUAUGGUCCAGAAGCUGAAUUUGGAGGAGCAGGACGACAGUAUGGACAUUAUUAGCAGCGUAGCUAAGGCUCUGUUUAGCGACGGAACCACGAACUGGGGGCGGAUCGUUAGCCUGGUGGCGUUCGGCGCGGUGGUGUGUGAUCAGCUGAAGAAGAAGAGUCGAGAUCACUGCGUGGAGAACGUCGCCCAACACAUCUCCACCUACCUCAACACCCACCAACACCAGUGGCUCAUCAACAACAACGCCUGGGACGGAUUCGUGGAAUUCUUCCGCGAGGACGACUCAGAAUCACGAGUCCGAAACGCCCUGAUGGCCUUCGCUGGAUUUGCCGGGCUGGGGGCGGGGCUAGCACUACUGAUGCGCUGAUGGGGGCGGGGCUGAGCACAGUGACCAAACGCGAUAAAGGGCACGUUUGUGCUAAAGAAUAGUGCUGCAAUAGGCUGAACUGGCCAACCGGCCAAUCAGAUCGCAGCACAGUGCUUGUGCUAGCCUCGUUCCUACGGAGACGGUAUGAGAAAAAUGAAGAGAGAAAGAACGAUAGAAGAACUGGAAAAGAACCGAAGAGGAAACUGAGAGGACGCUCUCUUCGUGAUUUGCGAUAUUCGCAAAUUGUUUUUAGUAAAUUUAUUUUUAAAACAUUUUUUUUCUUGAGAAACUCGAGAAAUGUUUAACCCUGUUUGGGGAGGGGCUUCACUGGCUGUGGGCUAAACUUCUUACAGAGCUUUAUUUUUAUAAAAGUUUAAAGAGAAUAUUUACAGUAAAUAAAAAACUGUUUUAAUAUAA